AUGGAUAGUGGUUGGAUUGUAAUUGCAAGCCUCUUGCCUACCAAACUGCGGAAGAGGAUGAAAGAAAUCAACUGCAAAGUAAGAGGAUUGUUGGAAGACAUAGUGACCAAAAGAGAGAAGACAAUGAAGGAAGGAAGAGCAGAUGAUGAUGAUGAUCUCUUGGGACUGUUGCUAAAAUCAAACAUGAAAGAAAUUCGAGAGUCUUCGGAUCAAAAGGGUAUGAGCAUGGAGGAUGUGAUUGGAGAGUGUAAAGCAUUCAACUUUGCGGGUCAAGAGACGACUGCUGUUUUGCUGACUUGGACUCUGAUUUUGUUGAGCAAGUACCAAAAAUGGCAAGACAGGGCAAGAGAGGAAGUCCUGCAAGUUUUCGGUAACAACAAACCUGAUUUUGAUGGGUCGAGCCGGCUAAAAAUUGUAAGCAUGAUACUGAACGAGGUGCUCAGGUUAUAUCCGCCUGGACUUAUGAUGAUGAGAACAGUUCAAAAGACAACCAAUUUGGGAGAUAUACAAGUACGUCCAGGAGUUGUGCUUUUUGUGCCGACGAUCCUGAUCCACCAUGAUCCAGAGAUUUGGGGUGAUGAUGCCAAAGAGUUCAAUCCAGAGAGAUUCUCCGAGGGAGUCUCAAAAGCAACCAAGAACAAGCUCUGCUUUCUCCCUUUCAGUUGGGGUCCUAGAAAUUGCAUUGGCCAAAACUUUUCUUUCACUGAAGCCAAAGUUGCUCUGACCUUGAUUUUGCAGAAUUUCUCGAUGCAGCUAUCUCCUUCUUACAAGCAUGCCCCUAUUCCUAUGCUCACUACUCAUCCCCAGUAUGGAGUCCCCUUGACCUUGACUAGAAUCGGAUCGUUGGAUCGUAUUUAAUCAGAUUCUGUGCUCUGCUUGCUUCGUUGCGUGUCUAAAACAGUUGUCAUGUUUGUUAAAGAAUAAACCAAAAGUCAUUUAAACA